AUGAAGUUCCUCAUGAUCCUUGCUUGCCUCGCUCUGUACAUCGCUUAUAUCGAUGCCCAGCGCUUUUGCCAAGGACGUCCUGUUUUCCAGGUGUGCACUGGCAAUCGGGAUGAGGGAAACAGCAAUGGACGUCUAUGUGGCGCUACUGCCCAAAACGAGAUGUUUUUCUUUAAUAGCCGCAACAGAAAUUGCGAGAAGAUGAGGUACCGCGGCUGUGGCGGCAAUAACAACCGCUACUGCAGCAACCAGGACUGUGUUGAAAAAUGCAGGCGCUGA